AUAGAGCCAUUUCAAAAUCUUUGGCUGCAUCUUGAAGGUAUUUUUGUGUAUAAAUUUCCUAUUAUCUGGUCAAAGAUUGAUCUUGUCGCUGUGAACAAAAUGAGGGUGAAAAGGAAGACACCUAGAUCAAAUCGGCCAGGAGCUACUGUUAAUAGUACACCAAAUCGCAGUACUCCGUUUGUAGAAGUGGAUGGAAGUGGAAUUCAGUUAGAACAGGAUGAGAACUUGCAGAAAACCGACUUAAGUACGGAUGGCCCACGUCCUUUAUUGGACGACUCGAGCCGCGUAUCUCCGUCUUCGUCGGAUACGAAGGAAAGUACAAAGCUGGCUGACAGGUACGAUGCUAUAGAACUCCAAGGCGCGUCUAUUGGUGUCUUUCAUGCUUCGACUAAAGUGCAUUUGGAUGUUCCUUAUAAAGGGGUUAAAAGGCGAGAAAGAUCGAAGAGUCCGGUCGGAGGGCGAAAAGACCGGAUUCCGGCCAAGAGCAAAAUGUCAUUGCCAGGAAGUGGCAUGGUAAGGGGUGAAGAUAAAAGAAGUAGUAGGGAGAUCAAAACAAUGAAAUCUUAUCCAGCAUCGAGUGCACCGGGUGUUUGGGAAAAGACAAAUACUCAACCUGAUUCUUUUGCUUACGAUCGCGAGGAUGCUUACGAUAGUGACGAUGAAGCAGACAUUGGUACCACCAGGAGGAUUAAGACAUUGGAAAAGCGUAGUCAAGUGAAGGACAUGCCAAAGGAUGUGACUGCAUCACCGAAGAAGUCGAGUUCCCCGGUUGUUCGAAAGAAGAUCACCAAGGUCACUCCAAGAGAAGCACCAGGGGAAGAUGAGCCAGACAUGGGACCUACCAGAGUAAGAGGGAAAUAUGCCCCAUCAUCCUACCUGGAUAAACCUUUGGACGAGUAUGGCUCAAAACAGAGAAGAUCGACAAAGACUGCAGAAAAUCAGAAAAGGGCCCCUGCUAAGACCCAAUCGCGGCCUAAAGGAAAUGACGAACCGGAUAUAGGUCCCACAAGAUAUAGCACAAAGUAUACGGACCUAAAUGACAGUUUAGACGGCAUGGAGGUGUCUCAGAAUGCAAUUUCAGAGCCAUCGGUUAAGACUGCGACAAUGAAGGCAAAACUAAAUCCAUCGUCGGGAAAGACGAAGAGCAUUAAGAAGGCAAUGGCUUAUAAUUACACUGGUAUUCGAGCCACUGAAAGUGGUGCGUCAUUCUCUAAGAAAGACUCUUUGUGGAAAGACAAUGUUGGAGGACUGAUCAAGAACGUCUAUGGAAGCUUGACAAAGCGAAAUGAAAAGAACUCAGUCAAAUCUGGACAAGGAAAGGAAGUGCGAAACAAGGAUGGUAGUCAACAAAGGAAAACUGAAACCAAUGAAGAAUUCACCGAUUCAUAUUCUUCCUCUUCAAAUUUACCCACCCUUUUACGCCAGCUAUCUACAGUCGCACACUAUGGAGAUUAUAAUGAUGAUGCUGGUAAUUACGAGGGAGGUGACAACAACCCAAGCUACGAACUCGCUCCUCCCGAACCCGAAUCAGGGAUUAGCGGGGAAGAUGUUUCUUUCGGCGGUCUUUCGGCACCGCCAGAGAUCCUCGCUCGGGGUCCGAGAGCCCGCCGAGCAUAUGCCGAAGCGGCCCAAGCUGGCACAAAGAAAGUGUUCCGAACCCGUCUAAUGCUUGUGGGACAAGAGCGUGUCGGGAAAACAAGUUUGAAGAAAACUCUGACAGGUCAAGGGUUUGAUCAGAAUGAAGCGAUUACAGAUGGUGUCGAGACGACAAACGCUUGUGAAAUAAACAUCCAGGUUGCAAAAGCAGGAGGGAAACUUUGGUCUAUUCAUAAGAAAGGACAUGGAAAUGAAGAUGCUAAAGAGGGUGAAUACAGUAAAGCCCUAGCUGAUGAAAUAGCAAAAAGACUGAUUGUAACCCCACCACAGGAUCAAGAUAGUUUAGCACCUCACCGUGAUGCAACAGACGGCAGAGGCUUGAAUCCAGAAGAAGCAGCUGCAUUUAUCUCGGAUGACGUGGAGGCGCCCACGGCUGGAGUGGAGGAUGUUAGUACUAAUAUGCCAAAUCAAAUUGCUAGCCUGGUGGAAAAAAUGCUGAAGGAGCAGCUUCGCAUGAAGGAGGUAGGAAGAGACAGUACUGACGGUGGUAAAGACGAGGGUGUCUCGCUAAGUAUAUGGGACUUCGCUGGACAUGAUAUAUACUACACAACCCACCAGGUUUUCCUGACUUGGCGAGCCAUCUACGUAGUCGUCUUUGAUCUGAGUAGAAGUUUGGAUUCAGUCGUCCCCCCAGAGUCCAGAGAUGACUAUUAUGAAAUGGCUAAAGGAGGUGCGAAGGCGGAGCUGACAUGCCUUGAAUUCAUCAACUUCUGGUUGUGCUCCAUCUUUGCCCAUGCUGUGGCGCCCUCGUCAAUCAUGAAUAAGAAUGCAUCCAAAACCAGCCAGAAAUCUCCACCCAUAUUCAUCGUCGGAACGCAUAGAGCGAGUGUGACGGGGGACACUAAAGAGAAAAAUAAGAAGAUUGAUGCUGCGUUUGAGAAGAUCCGGAAAACUAUCAAGAAAAAGCCUUUUGAAUGCCAUGUUGUCCCCAAGUACUAUGCCAUUGAGAACAGUUUAGAGGAUAAAGAUGAAGAGCUGAUUGCAUUAAGGAGGCAUAUUGAGAAGGUCGCGAUGGACGAGCCUUACAUGGGAGAAGAGAUCCCACUCAGAUGGCUAUUAUUUGAAGAAGCACUAGCAGCAGAUAAAAUCAACUAUAUGUCUUUGGACCAGACCAAGGAACUGACGCGUCCUGUUGGGAUGGAAUCCGAUCGUGAGCUUCUCACCAUGUUAACAUUCUACCAUGAUCUGGGCUACAUUGUUUACUAUGGAGGCAUUGAUGACCAAGAAUCCCUCCUCAGGGACAUUGUUAUCUUGAAUCCUCAGUGGCUAAUCGAUGUCUUCAAGCAGGUCAUAUCGAUCUUGGACCCUAAAGAGAGGGAUGGAAUUGUAAGUGAUGCUUGGACAACCCUUGAGGAUGAUGGCAUCUUGGAGGAUAGGUUGAUUCGGCAUAUGUGGAAGGGGUUCCUGGAGCAGAAGGAAGCGUUAGUCCAGCUCAUGGCCAAGUUUGAUCUCAUCUGUGAGGCUCCAGUAGAGCAGCUCCAACCUGAAGAAGAGCUAGAGAAAGGAGAUGUUGAGGUAUCAGAUGACACUGAGAGGAACAUGAAGAAGCGCUACUACGUCCCAUCCAGACUGUCUUCCCGUUGUUCUCCAGAAGAGAUUGGACAGAUCAAAUCUUCUACCGACUUCUAUGUUGACUUCAGAGGCUUCCUACCAGAUGGCCUGUUUCAUCGUCUAAUGACCAGAGCAGUUAGAUGGAUGACAGAGAAAGACGGUGAAUCCGUUAUUCUAUUCUAUCGUCAGAUCAGUCUCAUGGUGGAUGACGAGCACCACGCUUUACUCGAGAUGUUACCACCCCAUCAAGCGACUAUCAAGGUGACUGUAUUCCAAGCCGCAGUUGCAGAUCCCGAUGAUGAAAGUGAUAAUUAUCAACCUCCCUCUCCAAGUGCUGUUAAAGACGUAAUGGACUUUGUAACAAGGACCCUAGAUAAUCUUCGUCAGCACUGGGCGAAGAGGAUCCAGUAUGACAUCUGCUUCCUCUGCCCAAAGUGUAGCAAGAGGAAACUAUUCCAAGACUGUUUCAAGCGGAAGUCACUCCAGUGUGGGUUACAUAGGAUCCCCACUAAUUCAGUCAAGUCCAAGUUUGGUAUAACUGAAGAGGGAGUGGAUUCAGGGACUGAAAGUCCAAUGAUGUCUAGAAGAUCAACUUGUAAAGAAAGCAGGGUACUAUGCGACCGUUACUUCAGUGAUCUUGCGAGGAAUAUAGGAUUCGAGUGGCAUAGCCUAGGAAUCAGGCUUGGAUUGAAUCAGGCAGACAUUGAUCAUAUCAAGGAGGACAAUUUAAAUGCGGUGGAUCGUAUUAUUGCAAUGCUAAGACUGUGGAAGCAGCGGUCAUCUUGUAGGGGAAAUGGGAGACAGAUGAUAGAGGAUCUUUGUUUGGCGUUGAAAAACUGUGACAGGGAAGAUCUUGUAGACGACAUCAGAGAAGCGGCGGGAUUGAGAUAGCUAUAACAUCCAAGCAAGAGUUGAUGGUACCGUUGAUUGCAUUAUUGUCUCGCUAAAAAAAGGUUGGAUGAGUUCUGUUUUAAGUUUUGGUGAAAUUCCAUGUGAAUAUUCAAAGUUAGCCAGCCAAUUUUACCUAACGUGUCUUUCAAAGAGCUAACAAGAAAUCGCACAUAGGUCGGCUCAUCACAUCACCAACUUGAACGCCUAACUACCACUUUGUACCAGCCCUGGCCGGGAGUAUGGGGUGAAAACAACCUGCAGGGUACUGUCUUACAAAGAGUUACAAUUGAUCCAAUCAAUCGUAACUCUAUGGAAAUCCACAAUGUCAUAAAUUUCCUUUGACAGGCAAUUUCCUUUACGCGCAACCAAUUAUCCAUUUGUUUUGCUUUGCGUAUAUGUACGCUUUCCAAUGCGCUUAGAAACUGUUGUAUUAAGCGCUAUGUAAAUGUUAAUUAUUAUUAUUAUACGGCCAAUUUUCAAUUUCUUUGAUUCUUGUCAAAGUCACACAGCACUGUAGUUAUCCAUUUCCUUUGUUUUGCGUCACGAGCGAUCAAUUGUUAUUCAUAUACUCCAAUUCACGUCACCAUGCAACCAAUUAUCCAUUUCUUCCUUUUCAAUUGCCAUCCAUUUCCAAUUCUUAAAAUUGUAUUGUAUCUUUGCCAUUACAAUUAAUUUCAAAUUUCCGGUUCUGGAAAUUUUCUUCAUCUACAAUCUCCUAUUUCCUAAAACCCAUUAAUUUGUCAUUUCUGGGGAGUAUUUAAUUAUUACCCAAGUCUGGGAUAGAUGUAAUCCACCUGAGAUCUGUUAUCUGUAGUUGUUCCGAUAUGAUUAAAGCUCGGUAAAAAUGAACUGUGUUCCUAAUGUACAUGGGGAGAUAAAUAUCUUGUGAAACGUACAUUCUUUAGCAUAGCUAACGAAUGUACAUUUUGCAUUUCAAUCUCAAAAAGUAGUACAAAUUACUAGACACCUCAUAUUCCAUACACAUUAAUGUUGCUAAGUUUUUAUUAUAACUAGUGGAAUACAUAUUCUUCAGUUAAAUUGUGAACAAAAAUUUAGCUAAUCAUGUGACACAUAGAUUUUUGAUCCGCCUUUAAAAGAAUCAUUAUGUGGAGCAUGUCAUUAAACAGUGGACAGUGAUUUUUAAUGACUAUUUGUUAUAAGUGUCUGAAAUCUUUCUGCCUCAUUGGAUCAGAGCAAUUACAUUGCAGUGAAAAUCAAUAAUUGUUUCAUGAAAUGCUUUCUAUGUCUUGACCAGAGUACCUCAGUAGAAAUAAAUAUUAAUAAAAAUAAUAAUAAUUAAGAAUAAUUAAUAUAAUGCUUGAAAAUCUUUCUUUAGUCUCAAAUUUAAUAAACAGUACUCAAUAAACAGGGUUAACUUUCAAUUUACCUUUCAUUGAUGUUUGUAUAUCAGUAUCCAGCAAUGUUCUGUUUGAUAUAAGGGUGAACAAUUUGUUUUUAAAAAAACGUAAUCAAAGCAAAUUUUAAUUGCACAUUACAUUGGCUACAUUUAUUUCUGCGUCUUCACUUAUGUGGAGAACUAUAUUUAUCUACAUGUAUAUGCAACAAAGUAAAUAC